AUGUCUCGAAAUCUUUUACCGUUCUUGUAUCAAACAAGGACGCUACAACUGGCUUGCAGACGCCCUGCCAGCAUUAUUUUCACUCAGAGAGCUGGAGUGGCGACUUCGACAAGACGACUCGGGAAAGUAGACAAUUCUGAAAUUCCUUUCGAGUUUGACGACGAGGAGACAACAAGUGCAAACGAAACCGAGAUUGAACGACAAGGAACGUUGACGCCGACGGAAACAGAAAUUUUCAAAGGAAUUUUCGAUGAUAUUGCUAAAGGCCGCUUAGCCAAAAACAAAAAGCGUUCUCAAUUUGGCCAAACUCAACCUACAAGUUCAGCACCAAACCAAGAACAACCAGACGCGGCGCGUGGAGGAAACACACUUGUUGAAAAAGCCCAUAAUUCGAAUUUCAGCGAUGACUUCCUCAAGCGUUACCCAGCAUCCCUUCGAAGAGCUGCCGAGAACGCUCUGGGCAAAUUUGAACUUGCACCAAAACGCCCUAAUCUUUACAGCUUGACUGAGCUUGACCAGGCGGAGAAGAAGCAGAUGCGUGAAUGGGCAAAGUACGAACAGAUUAGGGAGAAAGAGAAGAAGAGAGUGCAGGAUCUCAUGAAGGCCUGUAAGACGGACAUUGAGCUUUGGAAUGUCAUGGAGGAAGAGGUAUUCUCCUUACCUGGAAAGCUAGGUAUUGUCGAGAAAGACACAACGGUCAAGAGGGGUCGGAAGUCCAAGGAGCAAAUUGCGAAGGAGGAAGCUGAGAAGUUGGAGGCCGAGAAAGCAGAGAAGACAGAAGGGGAAAAGCCUGUUAUGGAUAUCCAGGGGCAUCUGUACCCUCAGUAUCUCAUCUACGGGCUCGAGCUCUUCGACACCGCAUUUGCGAGAUCAUCUAUCCUCGCAUUCAAUAUCCUCCCACGAGUUAAAGAACUCGGCCUCUCCUCCUAUGUUCUUGGCGUCUCCACCACCUUUUUCAUCAAACUCGCCGAAAUCCACUGGAAGCGUUACGGCGAUGCUACGUCGGCCUUUGACGCACUUGACGAGAUGAAGCCAGUUGGUUUGUUCCCGAAUGAACAGCUUGGUGAACUCGAGGGAUUGAUUGGGCAGAUCUCAGAUCACUUGCACAGCUGCACCUGGGGUGCUCAGGGGCCUUUUGUUAUGGCUAUGAUGCAGGCUCCGCCCUAUGAUGCCAGCCUUAUGAGCCGCCUGGGACGCAUGAAGGGCUUGAUUGCGAAGAAGCACUUUUACAAUGAGAGAGAAGGUCGAUCCGAGGACCGCACAGAUCGUUCCAGGCUUUGA